GCAUUAUACUGGCCUCCAUACCGCUGGAGUGCAUAGAGUUGACUGAACUCUGAAUUCAACUAUGGGUGACGACGGUCCACUGUCAAUACGCUAGUGCUAUGGAUGACUCAUCGUCAGAAAGCUCAGAUGGAUUCUCAACGUCCCGGCUGCGCAGGCUUGCCACAGCGGACAAGGCGCGGCGCGAGGUUCCUCGCACCGCGCCGCGGAAGCUGCCUGUCCACCAAAGUGACAGCGACAGUGAUGGGCCGCUUCUGACACCGGCACGGCGCAAUGUCGCUGGUCAGGGAAGGCCGGGGGCCGGCACUGCCGGACGCCCACCAGCCGGCACUGCCGGACGCACGGCGGGCGGUGGCCGUCUGGUAGCCCUGGCGCGCAGCGCCAGGCGUGGCAGUAGCAGUAGCAGCAGCAGUGACGGUGAAGAUCAGCGCUUCAGUUCAUCUGUACAGCGGCUGGCGGCCAGGGCAGUGCAGCAACGAAGGCAGCAGCAACAACACAUGUCAGGCCCGGCGUCCAUAGCGUCCAAAGGCUCGAGUGAUGGCAGGGCGCCAGAACCGCCAGCAAGCGCGACUCGGAGGAAGUGGGUUCCGCGAGGGCCGCUCAGCUCCGAUGACGAGGAGGAUGCUGGCUCGCAGCAGCGUAUGGACACGCGCACACGGCGCGAUGUCGCUGCGCCUCCUCAAACCUCGCAGCGUCAGGUUGCAAGGGCAGCCAGCCCAGCUGCUAGGCCGCCAGUGCACCCUACUGGUGGGACACAGGCAGACACGCGCACUGCAGGCAUGGCCACCAAGAGCAGCAGCUUCCGUCAGGCGCUGGCAAGCUUGCGGACAUCCAAUGCUGCCGGGGCGGCCUCUGCUGCUGGCGCCAGUGCUGAAGGUGUGCCUGCGGUUCGCGGCGCAAGUGGCGCACCCAGCCCAGCGUCAUCCGUGAUGCUGCAAGAAUACACCCAAUCUGCCAGGCGGGCCCUGCGUCACACGUCCAGCAUGCCCGCGCGCACCGAGCAGUUACUGGCAGGUUCAGGCCGCGUGCCAUCCAGGACCCUGAGCCCUCGGGGAAGCCCAGCGCUCAGCCCGGGGCAGAGCCACUCGGGUGGCACGGAUCCAGUGGGUGAGCAGAUUCGCCGCUCUCUGUCCGUCACUCUCGAGCAUCCGCUGGGCAGCCCUAGGGCCUCCCAACAGCAUGAUGGGGUGCCCUCUCCAGCAGCUGCGUCGCGUCACCUCGGUCUACCCUCGCCAUCUGCGCACCCGCACCAGCCGCAAACGCAGCCCCAGGGCGAGUCAGGCUCGACCUCGCCUCAGCGGCCACUCAGCCCCAGCCGUUUGGGUCGGGGAUCAGGCGCCUUUCUGCCCACAGCACAUCAGUACGCAACGGCAGAUGCCGACGCCAGCACAACGACUAGUUCAGGCCUGGCACGCUCGGAGGAUGAGGCUGGCCUUCCUGGACAAAAGCACCCGGUUGCCGGUGAUCUGGGGCAAGGGACUUUGCAGCAGCGCCCUCAACGGGCCCCGCCCGACGCCGCUCGUCAGGAGGAGUUGCAGGCGCUGCCGUACCCCAGCAUGUUGCCAACGGGUCAUCAUGGCAGCCCAGCAGGCCAGGCAGCGCAUGUAGGAGCGGUGCCAGCGGUGCUGCUUCGAGACGCUGCAACCAGCCCAGUGCGUGGGGCGAUGGGCCAGCGCGACGAGGAUGUGCAGGAAGCUGGCGCGGGCGACUCUGCAACGGCGUUUGGGCCUUGGUUUGCUGCGGGCGGGCCUGGGCGUGGCGCCGCUGCACAUGCUGCCGGCAUGCCGCCGUCACCAGUACGAAUGGGCGCGCUCAGCAACACGCUAAUGCGUGAGCAGUCAGCCCAGGAGGUUGCCCAGCCUGCCCAGCCUGCCCAAUCUGCCAUAGGGGUCGGUGUAGCCGCAAUGGCCGCAGCGGAAGCGGCUGCAGCGGCGCCUGUAGCUGGGGCGACGGGGCCUGCGGAGGCCAGCAGCAGCAGUCCCGCGCGACUGGACUACCUGCCGCCCAUCUCGCACAUCACGCAGCAGUUGGAAGAGCUGUUGAACCACGUGAACAGCGCGCUGGGGCAUGGCGGUGCUGGACUGGGCUCUCCCGCAACAACCCCGCUGCGUGCCGGACUCGGGAUGGGCUUCGGCCUGGGCUUGGGGCCGUCCCCUGGCGCCGCGUCCCAGGCACCCACAGAGUGGUACCGCCCAGCAUCGCCUGGGCUUGACGGCCUUGCGCGGGUUCUCGAUACAACGUUUGGCCGGCCCACGUCGCCUGGCGCGGGCGCGUUGCCGCCGCCGACUUCGCUCGCUGCCCUGUUCCCGUCGCCGCCGCCGGGCGCAGAUGUGCAGUCGGUGUUGCGGCAGCUGGCCACAGUGCAGCGGGACGUGGACGCCCUGCGACGGAAUGUCACAGCAGAGCGGGCAUACGCUGGUGCUGCAGUCGCAGCAACUGGCAGCCGGCCCGGCACAGCUGGUGCAGGCGGGGGUGCGGGCGUAGGGUCCGUGCAUACAGGCUGGGCUUCACCGCAACGGGGGGCAAGUUCACCAGGGCCUGUUUCGCCACCAUAUGGAGGUGCGGCCCCAUCGGCCCAGAGCCCACCGGCGCCAGCUCUGCAGCACCAGUACGAUGCCAGCAGCCCCGGAAGCUACGCCUCCUCCGUCUCGCUCCUUGAACAGCAGCAGCAGCAGCAGCAUGCGCCAGCUCACGUGGCCCCGGCGCAGCCUCAUCAUCAGCAGCAGCCGCUUCGGUCCUUUGGCUCGUCGUUUCUGACGUCCGGCUCCCUUGCUGCAACCGGCCAUUUGGGACCUACCGCUGCAUCGCUGCGCACACUGGCAGCGCCGCUGCCGCGGCCGCUGGCCCGCAUUGAGCCGCUGUCCGUGGUGUUGCCGUCGCGUCGGCGCUCCGUGUCGCCCCGCGCAGCCGCCGGCAUGAUUCCACCCCUGGACAACGAUCCGCAGCAGGUUGAUGCCAUUGUGGAGGCGCUUGGCUCCAUCCGGCAUAGCCUGGCGGCGCUGGGCGAUUCUGUGGAGGGCAUCCAGGACAUCGUGGCCGCCGGCUCCAGCUCUGCCGGCAGCAGCCCCCGCCGCCCCGACUCGCGCUACGGCCGCCCGCGCAGCCGCUACAGCCACGGCGAGCUUGACGGCGGGGAUGACAGUGAUAUCGCCUGGCGCGAGCGCGGCGGCGGCGUGGAGCCCGUGGACCUGAGCGGGCUGCUGCCGCGGGGCCGGCGGAGCCGGUAUGGCAGCCCGCGCCGCAGCAUGGAGGACCUGCACCGCGACGGCAUCCGCUACGAGGGCAUCACGGACAUGGAGCGGCGCUCGCGGUCGCAGUCGCGGUCCGCCUCACCGGCCAGCUCGCCCACCGCCUCGCCGCGGCAGGGGCGCUACGAGGUUGACUAUGGAGACCACGGUACCAGCAGCCGGCCGAGCAGCCGCGGGCGCGCCUAUGCGUACAGGACGGCGCUGGAUGCCACUGUCGCGCAUCUGAGAGCGGCUGGCGGCCUGUCCCCGCAGCAGGCCAGGGCUGUGGCUGUUUCUGGCCAGCGGUCAUCCAGUCAGUGGCAGCGGCCGCCGUCGCCAACCGCCUCGCCGUCAGCGGUCCGCGCGCUGCAGCUUUCCCCUACCGGCGCGGCAGGGCGGCGGCCGCAGGCAUGGGACAAGUACACGGAUGCAGGCCAGGGCGCGGCGGCAGCGGCGUCUCCAGUAAGCGGUCUGAUGGUGGCUAUGCCAGCCGGCCAGCUGAGGGUGCAUGGGAGCCCUACCCGCCACAGUCCACCCAGUCCCGGCCGCAGCCGCGUGCAGGUAUUCUCGUUGGUGAGCUCUCAGGCGCCUGCAGCCGCAGGUAGAGUGCCUCCUGCACAGACCGGGGGCGGACACACCACCACCUCCUUUAUUCCUCGGCGUCAACAAGCAGCCCAGGCCGCUCAGGUGGCCCACACGCUUCCCGCUGCUGCUGCAACGGAACACCCAGCACCCGUAGCAUCACAGCAGCGGGCAUCUGCCGCAGCUGCCGCCCCCUCAGCCACGGCCCGGGCCGCUGCAACCGGCCGGGCAUCGGGCAGGCCGCGGCUCAUGCCAGUGGAGGCAAUCAUGUCCGCGUUCAUAGAUGCAGCACGGCAGGCGGCCGCCAUCGAGCCGCUCGAGGCACUACCAGCUCCCAACUACGUCCGGACCUCGGUCGGCGGCCACGGCAGCCCUGCAGGAUCAACAGCCUCCCGGCCAUCCUCUCCGGGCGGGCUGUCGGCGUCAGCCCUCAUAGCGGAUGACGGUCUGGUCCUCAAGUCCUUAAUGGACGCCACCGCUCCCGUGCAGCGCUACACGGCUGCUGACGUGCUCCACACCCUGGCAGCCACGCCGAUGGGACCCCAAGCACGGGGACCGCCAGCGUCUGUGGCCGCAAGUAGCGUCAACGGCCGCGUCUCCCGUGCAACCGCACCACCCACGCGUGCGCAGGAGGAGGCACGCGACCUGUAUGCGGUGCUGCAGGGAAUGCGGACAUUGCCAGGGGCGGGCGGUGGGGGUGGCCCGACAACCGCGGCUGCGCCUGCAGGCGGCGGCGGCGGCACCAGUGGUGGCCGGUCGCUCAGUCCCUCAUUGGCGGCCAUGCAUGCGGAGACGCGCGCCCGGCUACGGGAGGCGGGCCUACCCGUGUCGCGGCUUGCACUGGCGGGCGCGGCGGCGGGCACCGUGUCGACUGGUCGGCUGAGCUCCACGCUGGGCGGAGGCCAGGGCGACGUCGGGGGCGGCGCUUCUGCAGGAGCCUCUCAAGCAGGCGCAUCGGCUCAGCGACCACUGGCGCCGCUUUCGACUUCUUCUGUUCUCACGUCAUACACGCCUGCCACCAACAACAUACGAAGGUACGGUCUUACCCCAGGGGUGCAGGCUACGCCCUCCACGCAGCCCCAGUACUUCCCAAGCGCAUCUCAGGCACGCGACCGGAGGGUUCAAGUCCUACCGGACACCCAUGUGAUCCACCGUGCAUCUGCCGGUGGGGGCGGCAGCGGGAGCUGGAGGAGCCUGGCUAGCAUGCGGCCGGGUGAGGGGCCAACCACUUUGCGCCAGGCAGGCACGUACCCUGCUGCUCCAGCCGGCCGCGACGCCAGCGAUCUGUUCAGUACGCGGAACGUAGUUGUGACAGUGGGCAGCGGUGAUAGGACUUCCCGGCUGGCCAGCGGUCGGGCAAUGGACGCUGGUAUCAAAGCAAACCAUUUUGUCGAUGACAGCGUCGGCGUUAUCGGCAGCAGGCCAUACAGCGACACUCGAGUGGCUCAGGAUGAAACGAAGGGUUGGCGCCCUUCGGCUGCUACCUCUGUGCCCGGGAGCAACAUUGACGGCGAUGAGCCCCAUGAGCCAGCUGGCGGCGGCGCGGAGAGCACAAGCAGUGUGGGGCCCACGACACACUCAGACAGCGGCCAUGGUGAUUACGAUGGCGACGCUGAGCAGCAGCUGGCUGCGGGCGCUGGGGAGGACUGGUCGGAGCCCGGCUCCAACUACAGCGAUGGGGCCUGCGGCGGGACAGCCUAUGGAGAUGAGCGUGAGCUCUCCUUCAUAGCGCUUGCGCCGGAGCUGCGGCGCCAGGCGCUGGCGCGCGUGGGGUUAUCCAGCAGCAAUCAGGGCUCCGACCGAAGCUCGGUGGAGCCGCCGAGCUCUGACCUGGACUCGCCGGCAGCCUGGACUAGCGAGGCCGGACUGCGGACUGUCCGCCCGCACGGCAGCGGCGCGGAGGGUGAUUCUGAGGAGAGCGGCGAAGCUGGAGGCGCUAGUCAGGAGGGCGGCAACAGCGGCAGCAGCAGAGCUGACAGCGACGGCUGCUGGAUGGCAGAGCAGGGGCCAGACGGCUCCUGCAGUGUGGACGCAACAGUGGUGGAUGCGCCCGGUGGGAGAGGCUCCACUGCUUGUGGCGCGCUACAGGGCAGGGUCGUCCUGCCGCCAGAGGCACAGCUUGAGCCGGGCCCUGCCGCUGGUUUUGCAAAGGGACUCUCCAACGAGGAAGAGCAAAUAGAGGAGAUGCCAAGUCCUGCAUGCACCAGUGGCGCGGGCACGGACGCUCACGCCGACGGUAAUCAGGUCGCAGCUGCAGGAUACGCAUACAACCAGGCCCUUCACAGCGGCUGCAGCUCCCCUCGCCACGAAGACAGCGCCAGCAGCAACGGCCUUGACGGCGAGCAGUCUGUCGUCGGCAUGCCUGCGCACGUCACCGAGGAGGCGACGCGCGGCCCCGCUACACUGGGCGCACUCGCUGCCUCAACAAGUGCGCACAGGGCGGCUGCUCAGGCGCUUGAAGCACUGGAUGGCGGGGCCAGGACCCUGGAGCCUCCGCCGCAAUCGCAGAGCCUGUCAUCGCUGAUGCUGUCAAACCUGCAUGCGCCUGAGCCAGCGUCCGGCGUGCCGCUGCGCGGCAUGCUGGGGCUGCUGGCUGAGUUGGACUUGGUGCCGGACCCGCAGCUGGACCUCAACCCCAACCUGCACGUGGAGCUGGGGCUGGAGCUGGGCCUGGUGUCACACGAGGCGCUGCUGCUGGGCCAGGCGGGAGAAGAAGGGCUGCUAGGGCCGCUGAACGCGAGCACGGCCGCCGCAGCGGUGCCCUCGCCGCAGGUCGUGCGCCUGAGCCGUCAUGUCGAAGCAGCCGCACCGAUUGCUGAGGGUGCUGGAGCGGAGGCGGAGGCGGCCGAUAGCGGUUCACAGCUGCAUCGCGGUGCGCUACCUGAACAGCCGUCGCUGCAGCGCGCCCUGGAGGAGGAGCUUGAGGCCGCAGUCACGCCUGCACGGGGCGAUGCACCUCGCGCGGUUGGGAGAAUCGCCGUGCGUGAGGAGAUUGACAGUCUAGAGGCUCAGGUGCUUGCAGCUGCGUCGCCACCAGCGCCGCACCAGCACAGCACGCCAGCGGGCGGAACGCCAGACGCAGACCGGGCACCGGAACAACCCGCAUCGGCUGCCGUGACACAGCCGGCGGUCCAGAUGGGGUCUGAGCGGAACGUGGGGUUGCUGCAAAGGCUGCAGGCUGUCGCGGAGGAGAGCCGAGUUCGCCAGCUACAAAUGCUGCUGGCAUCUCCCGCGCUUUCGCUGGCGCGGGAGCGUGCGCCACUCACUGGUGAGCAUGCCAGCAGCGACGGCGAAGGCAACAGCGGCAGUCACUCGUUGCGGGCGCCUGGCGAGCCUGGCGAGGCCGUAGAAGGCACGACAGUGCUGCUAAGCUUCGGCUCGGAACAGUUCGGGAGCCCUGAGAAGUUACCCAAGGAAAGUGCCGCAUCUGUGCCCACGCCCGUGGACGCAACCGCCGACCGCUUGCCUUCUGCAGCGCCGCCCCACUUGGAUGGCGCCGAAUGCGGCCCGCCUGACGCGCAAGGCAACCGCUGUGCUGGACAUGAGCCAGCAUUGGUAGACCGUGUUGAGCCGCCGGCGGCUCAGCCGGCUGUCGAGCCUGCCAGUAGCUCUGGCCUACCAAGACUAGAGGAUACAGGGGCGCUGCAGCAGCCUGUGGGAACACGCACGCCGGGUGCUGCCCCUCAGCUUGUAGCGAGCCCUGUUGAGUGUCAGCAGCCCAUUCCAACACCGAAGCCACAGCUGCCAGGCGCCACCGCGGCAGCUCUGCCGGAGCCACCUGCUGCAGCCGCUGACCGCACGCCUGCUGCCGGUACGGCUGGUGGCAUGUGGGGCUUUUCGGGAGGCGGCACGGCGGCUACGACCGCAGCGGCUCGCGGCACCACGCCGCGCUACGCAGCUGUUCCGGACAGUCCUGAGUCGCCAGCCAUGUCGUCAGCCAUGGCAGCCUCCUCCGGCCACGCCGGAGGCGGGACUGAUGAAGCUCAGGGCGAGACGGACGACACAGGCAGCGGCGGCGCUGGCCAAAGUGAGAGCAGUGCCGAAGAGCGGGAGGACGGCAGCGGCGAGCAGGAAGCCGCCAGGGCAGUUGCACCUUCUCUUGGAGGCGCAGCACUGGGGCCUGUGCGUGGGCGCCAUGACGUGGGUGGCGCUGCUGCAGGCUUCGCAUUGCAGGCUGGCCGCGGGCUGGUGGCACGCGCCCCCCAGCCGCAGCCGGCAGGUAUCUUGCGAGCGCGGGCUCCUGAACUGCACCUGGAGCAUGCAGGGGUGGGCUCGGGCGCCGCACCGGCAACGCCCACGGCGCAUGGUCCUGUGCGCCAGCAGGUCACGCACGUUGGGGCCCGCUCUCGUACGCUGCUGGCUGGCGCUGCGGCGCGCUCCACAACGGUCGCACCGCACACCUCGCAACCGUUGCGGCCACCGCCACAGCUGCAGCAAAGGGACGUCCGCAGCAUUACGGCACCGCCGUUGCCACAGCAGACCGCAGCGCCCAGCAACCCGGCUGCCACGUCAGCCGGCAGGCUGGGGGUGUGGGACCGUCUGGUUGCAGCCCCGCGCCUAUCGUGGAGUCGCACGGCCGAAGCGGCGCCUCAAGGCUGGCAGCAUGAGCCCCCGCCUGCUGGCAUCCUGUCAUCUGGCGCUUGGCAGCACGAGCCCCCGCCUGCUGGCAUCCUGUCGUCUGGCGCUGAGGGUCCGGAUGCGGGCGUGCUUGUGCCUGGCCGGGCGUCGUUCUCUCUGGUUGAUGGAGGCAGCCGGCAGGAGCAGGUACUUAGGCCGCGUCAGGAGCCACACGUUCACCACCGCACACAGCCAGCAGCGCACUUGCAGAUAGUAUCUGGUGUCAGCACGGGCAGCGCCUACGAGACGCGCGACCAGCGCCAGCGCCAGUCCACGUCGCUGCUGCUGGCAUCCUUGCGGCAAAUAAAUGCCAUUACUCAGAGCACGUGUAUGCGGGUCUGUGACGUGGUGCAGCAGCAUGAAAGUUUAGAGGGUCGUGCGUGGCAUGUAUAGAGCUGUGAAAUCGGCGGCUUUGCAGUUACAGCUUCAUGUGGCUGGGACAAACCUGGCAAGGUGUGUGGGGAGCUGAGCUGAAGGCCAGCAGGAGGUAUUGCCUGCGAUGGCUACCGUAUUGAAGUUCAGCUUUAAUAGCGCAUGUGCGUAUGUAGGGGAGACGUCCUAUGCUGUUGCAGGGUGCAUGAAAUGCGGACAUCGAUCGGUCUUGCGAGCAAGACGGAGGAAUGGGUCGCAGCUCGGGGUGCAGGGAACGAGGGAGGGAUGGGGCGGGCGGGCUGGGCGGGUGUCCUCGUCAGCCAUUUGAGUAAAAUUGGCAUUGUAAAACCGCCAUUCA